AUGGCAGAGGUAGACGUGAAUGGGGGCAAUGCUGCCCUUACGACCUCCACGUCCCAGAGCUCCAACCCCCUGUCCAGGAAACUCAACAAGAUCUUGGAGACCCGGCUGGAUAAUGACAAGGAAAUGUUGGAAGCUCUUAAAUCCCUCUCUAUAUUUUUCACUGAGAACAGUUUGAGGAGUCGGAGAAACCUGAGAGGAGAUAUUGAACGACGGAGCUUAUCCAUAAAUGAAGAAUUUGUAGCUAUAUUUAAAAAGGUUAAAGAGGAACUGGAAAGUAUAAAUGAGGAUGUACAAGCAAUGAGCAACUGCUGCCAGGACAUGACCAGUCGGUUGAAGGUA